AGUGCUGGGAUUAAAGGUGUGCGCCACCGCCACCUGGCGGUUUCUUUCAACAGAUGUCUAAUUCCUUGGCUAAGUCUCUAAUCUUUUGGGUGUUGGGAUAUAAUAGUCAACAAAGGAUAAAUAAAUAUUUAUUGUAAUGAUGUUUGUGAUGAUAAUAUUUAUAGCAAACAUGUCCCGUGUCAGGUAUUUCCUUGAAUCCCUUCUGUUUACAUAUCUUGUAUUUAUUGUGUUAAAAUUAGGCCAGUCUCUAUAUUUUUGUUUGAAUUCAGGUCAGGUACAAUUUAUAGCAUUUGGCUUAUUCACAGGUACUUCAGGAGCGUCUUUGUUGUCCAGUUGUCCCCAGAAGUAAAUGUUCUUCCAGACGCCUCUCCUGUACUGUUCAAUUGGUGCUUACAUUGACACUUCCUGAAACAGACACAGAGCAAAGAAAGGCACCACACACAGGCUUUGAGGAGAACAGUGUUAGCAUUUCUCUUGGACCCUCUCUGUUAUAUAGAUGAACAUCUUGUUUGUAGCUCUGUGGGUUCAUGUGCUGAUGAUGGAACUAGAGAUUGAAGUAGCAGAUUAUUCUUGUGUAUAUGUAGUCAUCAUUUAGUUUAGCUUUUCCUCCUCCCCCGCCCCCUCUUAUUUCCUUGUUUUUUUGAGACAGUUUUUCUCUGUGCAGCCCUGGCUGUCCUGGAAGUGAACCUGUAGACCUGGCUGUCUUCUGCUGGAAUUAAAGGCAUGUACUACCCAGGACCUAAAAAGCUCUGCUGCCUAACUGUAUCAUUACCGUACCGUUAGUUUUGUCUUUUAGUUGUGAAGUUACAUGAACAAUGAUAGAGAGGAGGUGAGAAGUUUGCACUCAUUUAGCUUCUGGUUUUUAGUGCUAGAUGAAAAAGUUGGCUUUACUGAUAAAGUAGAAAAACUGACUAAAAUACAUGUUUUCUUUUUCAGGUCUUACUGUGUAGCUCUGGCUAACCUCGAACUGGCUUUGGAGGCCUUGAGCUCACAGAGAUCUGCCUGCCUGAGUGCAAGGAUCAUAGUAGCAGUCGUCUUGGUGAGACUUCAUGGCUGUAGCUUCUGCCAUUCCGAGGAGUCAGAGGCUCACAGCAAACUCCUUUAUCCUCUGGCUCUUACAUUCUUUUCACUGCCUCCUCUGCAACAUUCCCUGAGCCUUACGUAUGGGAGUUGUUCUCACCUGUUGGGCCUGUGGUCUGCUGUGCAAAGAGAAGAUCCCUGGAUGAGGGGAUCAUCUGUAGAACCUCGCCAAAGGAAAAAGCAGAGAACUCCAGGAAGUCAGGAAGCCAAAGCAGAGAAGAUCCGCAGAACCCCAGCUCCUGAAAGAGCUCCAAAAUAUGUAGCAUUUCAGCGUUUUGCAAAGAUUGUCAUUGGCUGCCUCGCAGCUAUUAUUAGUGGUAUGAUGCAUGUUUUCUACUUGUCGGCUUACCAUGAACGGAAGUUCUGGUUUUCCAACAGGCAGGAACUUGAGCGAGAAAUCACUUUUCAGGGUGACAGUGCCAUUUACUACUCCUAUUAUAAAGACAUGCUGAAGGCUCCUUCAUUUGAAAGAGGUGUUUAUGAACUGACACACAAUAACAAAACCAUCUCCCUGAAGACUAUCAACGCCAUGCAACAGAUGUCUUUGUACCCAGAACUUAUUGCCAGUGUGCUCUAUCAAGCAACUGGUAGCAAUGAAGUGAUUGAACCAGUGUAUUUCUACAUUGGCAUUGUGUUUGGAUUACAAGGAAUAUAUGUUACAGCCUUAUUUGUUACAAGUUGGCUUAUGAGUGGCACGUGGCUAGCAGGGAUGCUUACGGUUGCAUGGUUCCUAAUUAACAGGGUGGACACAACAAGAAUCGAGUACUCCAUUCCUUUAAGAGAAAACUGGGCUCUACCAUAUUUUGCAUGCCAAGUUGCUGCACUUACAGGCUAUUUAAAAAGAAAUUUAAAUACUUAUGCAGAGAGGUUUUGCUACUUGUUGCUGAGUACCUCAACGUACACUUUCAUGAUGGUGUGGGAGUACAGCCACUACGUCUUGUUUCUUCAGGCAGUGUCCCUGCUGCUACUAGAUAUCUUCUCAUUGGAACAAAGUGACAAGGUUUAUGAAGUAUAUAAAAUCUACAUAUUUUCUCUCUUCCUUGGGUAUUUACUACAGUUUGAGAAUCCAGCUUUAUUGGUGUCUCCUUUAUUAAGUUUAGUAGGAGCGUUUAUGCUUGUUAAGUGCCUUCAGCUGAAUGGGAAAAAAGGAACGUUUGUGGCUAAAGUAAUCAAAGUGUUUGAGUUUUACUUGUUAUGUACUCUGCCAGUGACCUUGAAUCUUAUAGUGAAGAUGUUUGUCCCACACAAAGAAAAUGAGCAUGUGCUGAAAUUUCUUGAAGUAAAAUUUGGACUAAAUAUGACUAAGAAUUUUACAUUGAACUGGCUCCUUUGUCAAGAAUCUCUCCAGGCACCGUCCCAGGAUUUUUUUUUCCGAUUGACACAAUCUUCCCUAUUACCAUUCUAUGUUUUAGUGCUAAUUAUUUGUCUUCUUUCUAUGACACAAGCUUUUUUUAGGAGGAUGAGUGGUAAGUCCAAGAAAGAAACUGUAACUCUUGAAGAUGGAAGAAUUGGAGAAAGGCCAGAAAUAAUUUAUCAUGUAAUUCACACUCUUUUGCUGGGCUCUCUUGCAAUGCUUAUGGAAGGCUUGAAAUUCAUUUGGACUCCUUACGUGUGCAUGUUGGCAGCGUUUGGUGUAUGUUCCCCUGAACUCUGGAUGACACUUUUAAAGUGGCUUCGAUUAAGAACUGUACACCCAAUGUUGUUGGCUCUUAUUCUGAGCAUGGCGGUGCCCACUAUUAUAGGUCUUAGUUUAUGGAAAGAGUUUUUUCCACGAUUAAUUACAGAAUUAACAGAACUACAGGAAUUCUAUGAUCCAGAUACAGUGGAACUUAUGACCUGGAUAAAGAGGCAAGCUCCAGUUGCAGCUGUGUUCGCAGGAAGCCCACAAUUGAUGGGUGUGAUUAAGCUGUGUACUGGGUGGACAGUGACAAGCCUACCACUUUAUAGCGAUGAUGACCUUCUCAAGAGAAAUGAAAACAUUUACCAAAUCUAUUCAAAGAGAUCUGCUGAGGAUAUUUAUAAAAUACUGACAUCUUAUAAAGCUAACUACCUAAUUGUAGAAGAUGCCAUCUGCAAUGAGAUGGGAACCACGAGAGGCUGUAGGGUUAAAGAUUUAUUAGAUAUUGCAAAUGGACAUGUGGUUUUCGAAGAAGGUGACAAAUUAACCUAUUCAAAAUAUGGACGAUUUUGUCAUGAGGUCAAAAUUAACUACUCUCCAUAUGUGAAUUACUUCACUAGAGUAUACUGGAACAGAUCCUACUUUGUAUAUAAAGUCAACACUGUGAUUUCCUUCCAGUCUUGAAAAACAAGAGAGGCUUCAUUUCAAAGACAUGUUGCUUGAAGUAAAGUGCAGUUUUCUUGGGCCUGCGCAGUUUCUUACAGAUAGUGUGGGCAUCUGAAACACUGCUAUUCCUCCCUACGCCUGCUGAUUCCUGGGUUUAGGGUGUCCUUGGAAGUAGAUGAUGAGAUGUUGAUGUCUUCUAGUAAAAUGUCUAGUCCACCA